AACAAUUGGUUAAACAGCUCUCUCUCUUCUCCAAAAUCUCUCUCUACAAAAGCUUCAAACUUGACUCUGUCUCUCCUUCGAUACGAUCACAAUCACCUCGUUCAGGUCGCCGGCGCUUGCCCUACAGCUCCUAUUCACCGAAUCGGCACUUAUUCACACACCGCGGCGCCGCUAAUGGAGCUGCCGGAGAUGGAUUCCAUGGCGUCGGCGAUCGGAGUCUCGGUCCCCGUCCUCCGCUUCCUUCUGUGCUUCGUCGCCACCAUUCCUGUCAGCUUCCUCCACCGAUUCUUCCCCGGGGGCCCCACCGGCCGCCACUUCUACGCCGCCGCCACCGGGGCCGCCCUCUCGUACCUCUCCUUCGGAUUCUCCUCCAAUCUGCAUUUCGUCGUGCCGAUGCUGCUAGGCUACGCGUCGAUGGCGCUCUGCCGGAAGUACUGCGGGAUAAUCACCUUUUUCCUGGCGUUUGGGUACCUUAUCGGAUGCCAUGUCUACUACAUGAGUGGUGAUGCAUGGAAGGAAGGAGGUAUUGACGCUACAGGUGCUCUGAUGGUGAUAACUCUGAAAAUUAUAUCAUGUGUCAUAAACUACAAUGAUGGAAUCCUCAAAGAUGAGGAUCUACGUGAAGCACAAAAGAAAAAUCGGUUGCUGAAGAUGCCAUCAUUAUUGGAAUACUUUGGCUACUGCCUCUGUUGUGGAAGUCACUUUGCGGGUCCUGUUUAUGAAAUGAAAGACUAUAUUGAAUGGACUGAGAGGAAAGGGAUAUGGCAGCCUUCGGAUAAGGGACGGUCACCCUCCCCUUAUUUCGCAACUCUCAGAGCUCUUCUGCAGUCUGCUAUCUGCAUGGGCUUGUACCUAUAUCUUGUACCACAAUUCCCACUUUCCCGAUUCACAGAGCCAGCGUACCAAGAAUAUGGGUUCUUGAAGAAAUUAAGUUACCAGUACAUGGCAGGUUUCACUGCUCGUUGGAAGUAUUAUUUUAUUUGGUCAAUUUCAGAAGCUUCUACUAUUAUUUCCGGACUGGGAUUCAGUGGCUGGACAGAUUCAAAUCCACCCAAACCCAAAUGGGACCGUGCAAUAAAUGUCGAUAUAUUAGGUCUGGAGUUGGCCAAGAGUGCAGUGCAGAUACCACUUGUGUGGAAUAUUCAAGUCAGCACCUGGCUUAGGCACUAUGUCUAUGAGAGGCUGAUCCAGAAAGGUAAGAAACCGGGAUUCCUCCAGUUGCUAGCUACUCAAACCGUGAGCGCAGUGUGGCAUGGACUGUAUCCCGGGUACAUCAUAUUCUUUGUUCAAUCCGCUUUAAUGAUUGCUGGUUCAAGAGCUCUUUAUAGAUGGCAGCAAGCCAGCCAAGCAGGUCUGGUUAAGAAGCUACUCGGUUUAUUCAACUUCGUUUACACCCUUCUCGUGUUGAACUAUUCAGCCGUUGGUUUCAUGGUACUGAGUCUGCACGAGACGCUCACUGCAUAUGGGAGUGUCUACUACAUCGGUACUGUUCUUCCAGUUGUCUUGCUCCUGCUAGGAAAAAUCAUCAAGCCGGCAAGGCCAGCUCGAUCAAAAGCUCGAAAAGCUGAGUGAAAACUCGAAUUGCAUCCACCGUUUCAUCCAUGAGAGGUUUGGGUUGAGAUUAUUGACAGAAAGAGAUUAGAUUCAUCUGCAUCUCAUUGUUUCUUUGUAUUUUAUGCAUUGGCAAGAAAAUCCCAAACAUCGAAUUGCUUUUCAUAAUAUAAAUUAUGGUCUUUUUCAUUUA